GGGGACGCGGCGGCGGCCCGGGGGGGAUGGGGGACAGGUGGAGGGGACGGCCCAAACGGACAUCAUCCACGGUCCCUCGGGAGUGGAGGGACUCGUGAGCCGAAGCCCAGAAAUCCGGGGGUGGGUAAGGCAUCGCGUCCCCUCCAAUUCCCGUAAGCACCCCUUGCUCCAUCCUGCGCCCAAUUACCUCAGCUAGCCCCUCUCCCCACUCCUUACACUCCAAACUCAGCUGGGACAGACCUGCCGCCGCCGCCGCUGCCCCCACGAGCUCUUGAUGACGGCUGGAGACCAACAGUCCCUACAGGUGGUGCCCAGGGUGAUACAUUGACCAUGAACGGGUGUUUUCCAGUCGCCGGCCUCCGAUGCCUGUCUAGGGUCUCGGAUGUGCCAGCGCCUCUGGCCGCGGCUCGCUAACCAGCCUCUCCCCGGCCGGUUCCCGCCGCGCCGCCUCUCGCUUGCCCCUUCCCCCUCCUGCUCCUCUCCCCCCUGCUCCCAGGACGGCAGGAUGGCUGCGCAGGGCGCGCCGCGCUUCCUCCUGACCUUCGACUUCGACGAGACGAUCGUGGACGAAAACAGCGACGACUCGAUCGUGCGCGCCGCGCCGGGCCAGCGGCUGCCCGAGAGCCUGCGUGCCACCUACCGCGAGGGCUUCUACAACGAGUACAUGCAGCGGGUCUUCAAGUACCUGGGCGAGCAGGGCGUGCGGCCGCGGGACCUGCGCGCCAUCUACGAGGCCAUCCCCCUGUCGCCGGGCAUGGGCGACCUGCUGCAGUUUGUGGCCAAGCAGGGCUCCUGUUUCGAGGUUAUUCUCGUCUCGGAUGCCAACACCUUCGGCGUGGAGAGCGCGCUGCGCGCCGCUGGCCACCACGGCCUGUUCCGCCGCAUCUUCAGCAACCCUGCGGGGCCCGACGCGCGGGGACUGCUGGCGCUGCGGCCCUUCCACACACACAGCUGCGCGCGCUGUCCCGCCAACAUGUGCAAGCACAAGGUGCUCAGCGACUACCUGCGCGAGCGGGCCCACGACGGCGUGCACUUCGAGCGCCUCUUCUACGUGGGCGACGGCGCCAACGACUUCUGCCCCAUGGGGCUGCUGGCGGGCGGCGACGUGGCCUUCCCGCGCCGCGGCUACCCCAUGCACCGCCUCAUACAGGAGGCGCAGAAGGCCGAGCCCAGCUCCUUCCGCGCCAGCGUGGUGCCCUGGGAAACGGGCGCCGACGUGCGCCUCCAUCUGCAACAGGUGCUGAAGACGUGCUGAGGACGGCCGCCGGCAGGGGGCGCCCGGGAGCCCGCGCGGGAAAGGGGGUGGGGAAGGGGGAAUCGCGAAAGACAAACCUAGUUUUACUACUCCCUUAUCCCUUUCGCUUUGCUAUGGCCCUCCGGGAAUUUCUGGAAUUUCGUCCAUUUGGGGGCUGGGGGACGGGGUUUGGAGCCAUCCCCAUCUAUGCAGUUAACCCAGCUCGGCUGCCUCCUCCAGUUUCUGCAAACAGUUAAAUUCUGGGUCUGGCCCAAAGGAGGGGUAGGGGUGGGGGUAUGCAUACCUUGGAAGGCAGCAGUGUUUCCAAAAACCUUGUCCUCCGAACUGGGAGAAAGGGGCUCCCUGGCAGGUGAGAGAAGGAACAUCUCCCACUGCUUUAGCCAUUGCCUGGGGCCGCGUAACCUCCCCUCCCCCAGUCUUCUGUCAAGGGGACCCAAGAUGACGAAAUCCUCAUGGCCACACCGGACUCCCUGCGGAGACAGAUGCUACUCUCCGCCAGCGGCCCCAGGCCGCCUCGAUCUUGCUCCCCCCGCCGCGACCCCACACUAUUUCUGUACUCGCUACACCUUUUUGCCUCCCUCCCCUCGCCCACCCCUCCAGCACCCCCAGUGGAAAAAAAGCCGGAGGGAACAGUCGCCUCCUGGUGGUGGAAAGAGGUAACACAGUCCGGCUCGGGUCCAGCCAGCCAGGGACCUCGCAGCAUGCGACGGUGUCUCCUCGCACCCCAGCCUCGUCUAUGCAGCAAGAGACCAGGGACUUCACCAAAGUCGCCCCCGUGGGCUGGGCCUUCCGCGCCCCCCUCCUUCCGUAUGGAACAGAAAGCCAUGAUGUUUAAGUAGAGCCAGCGAAACCCAAGCCCUUUCCCGCUCUGGUGUUUUAGAACUAUAAAGGAGGUGAAGGGGA